CACGUGAUCCUGACGUCAGCAGCAGUUGACCUUUGCCCUGUAGGUACAGCGGUACCGGAUAUGGAAUGGCCAGGUGAGACACAGGCGGACGUUACCGGCCCACAAAAACACCUUUUCUCAACAGGUUAUGUUUUGCCCGGCAUUUUCCGAGGAGCUUGUGCCCAAGACAAGACCGCCGAAUGUCAAGAAGUCUUCUACGACGUCUUCUAAAGCCGUCUUAGUUCGAUAAACUGUCUUCCAUUUUUUCCAAAACAAAGUGAGUGACAUCCACAGCAAUGGCAGAUAACUACUACACGCGAUCGUACGUGUCGGACGAACACAGCGACAGCCUGCUACGGGGACUGAACGCGCUCCGCUCAGACAGCCUGCUGUGUGACGUCACACUGGUGGCUGAUGACCAGGGCUUCCAGGCGCACCGAGCCGUCCUGGCCUCCUGUAGCGACUACUUCAAGGCCAUGUUCACCAGCGGGAUGCGAGAGUCCAGCGAGACACACGUCGAACUCAAGGGCGUGUCGGCCAACGGGCUGCAACACGUUCUUGACUUUGCGUACACGUCUCGCCUCGGACUGAGUCUACAGAUCGUGCAGGACGUCAUUGGAGCUGCCAGUCAUCUACAGGUCCUGCCCAUCAUCGUUAUUGUGGAGAAGUUUCUCGUGGCGGAGAUCAACGUCGAUAACUGCAUCGCCAUUGGUCAGAUCGCCGCGAACUAUGACCUCAGUGCGGUCGCCAACCAGGUCAACCAGUUCAUGCUGAUGCACUUCAAACAGGUGUCGCAGAUUGAUGACUUCCUGAGCCUGCCCCUGGAGCGGGUGUCGGAGCUGAUCGGCAGCGAUUGGCUGCUGGGCUGUGACGAGGUCGAGCUGUUCCACAUCGCACUGCGUUGGCUGCGGCACGAACCGGCGCGCAUGGCGUACGCCAGCCAGAUCAUGGAGAACAUCCGGUUUCCUCUCAUGAGUCCGGGCGAUCUGGUCGACCAGGUACAGUCCGUUGACAUCAUGGACAGCGACUCGACCUGCCGAAAGUUUCUCCUGGAGGCGUUUAACUACCAGACUCUUCCUUACCGCCAACACGAGCUCCAGUCGGCGCGCACCGGCGUGCGGUCGAUCCUGCGAGCCAUCGUGUGUAUCGGAGGAACCCCUUACACCGACGACCGCGUGGUGAAGGACAAGGUGCAUGGCCAGUUGGUCAGGAGGUGGUUUGAGGUGGGUACGAUGGAUGAGGGAAGAUGUCACCAUGGUGUGGCCAUCAUGGACAACUUCCUCUACGUGGUGGGGGGUCAGACCAUCCAGUACCCGUCUGGGGAUGGGGCUGUGGCUAUGUGCUCACGUUAUGACGUUUGGACAGACACGUGGUUACAGAUGAAGUCCAUGCAUGAGAAGAGAGCGCACUUCCACCUAAGCGCGCUAGGGGGCAGACUUUAUGCCGUCGGUGGGAGAAACAAGGAACAGAACCUCAAGUCUGUGGAGGCCUUUCUUCCAAGGGAGAACAGAUGGAUGUACGUGGCGCCGCUACGCGGGUACAGCACAGGCCACGCGGGGUGCGUUUGCGACGGAAAGCUCUACACGAGCGGCGGAUACGGCACCUCCAUGAACAACGUCCCCCACGAACGCGUCUUACAAUUCUACGACCCGGAACAGAACGCCUGGCAGUGCCGCGCGCCGAUGACAACCGGUCGCAUCUGGCACUGCAUGGCCACGCUCGGAGACAAACUCUACGUCAUGGGCGGGGAUAUCGGAGAUGCGAGGCUACACGUUCUCACUGCGGAAUCGUACUGUCCGGUCGCAGACCAGUGGACCGCCAUUGCGCCGAUGCUGACAGGACAGAGUGAAGCAGGCGUGGCGGUUAUAGACGAUAAGAUAUUUUUGCUGGGAGGUUACGAUUGGAACAACAGGGACGUGAUAGGGAGCUCGCAGUCUUAUAGACCGGAGGAUAACAUCUGGAGACGAGAGGCAAGCCUACCACAGGCGGCGGCGGGAGUCGCGUGCUGCGUGGUGAAACUACCGCGGAGAUACGCUCAUGCGGUGGAUGACUGAGGAGCAACAAGAGGGGAAUCUUUCGCUUUCUAUCUGCUGCAUAAUGCAAAACUAAUUAAGAAUUGGUAGCCAUUUUUUGGCUACUUCAUUGUUUUAAGGUAGAAUUUAGAACCAGAGAGAAUUGUUACAUUGAUGAAGGUUAGACAUCGAGGUAAUAAAAUAUGCCAAAUAGCAAUUUGUCUCUGGCGAAAGGUAGUGG